ACCUUCUGCGUUUCCCGGCGGUUGCGCACGCGGACUGCAGCAGAACUGGGACACGGGCUUCCGGGACUCGGCUCCUUGUGGCCCCGGCAAGUACCACUCGUCUGUCGGGUGGCACGGGGGGAGCAGGCCGAGACCAUGGGCCGGCUGAACGUGGUGAUGCUCCGCUACCUGUCCCGCGACCACUUCAGAGUCCUGACGGCGGUGGAGAUGGGUAUGAAGAAUCAUGAAAUAGUCCCUGCUAGCUUGAUUGCCUCCAUAGCCAGCCUGAAACAUGGAGGAUGUAACAAAAUUCUGAGAGAGUUAGUGAAACACAAACUCCUAGCUUAUGAACGAACUAAAACUGUCCAGGGCUACCGAUUAACUAACGGAGGGUAUGAUUACCUUGCCUUGAAAACUCUGUCAUCUCGACAAGUUGUCAACUCUGUUGGAAACCAGAUGGGUGUUGGCAAAGAAUCAGAUAUUUAUGUUGUUGCAAAUGAAGAGGAGCAACAGCUUGCAUUAAAGCUGCAUAGGCUUGGGAGAACCUCCUUUCGUAAUCUAAAAAACAAACGUGACUACCAUAAGCACAGACAUAAAAUGUCGUGGCUUUAUUUGUCCCGCCUGGCUGCCAUGAAAGAAUUUGCCUACAUGAAGGCUUUGCAUGAUCGAAAAUUUCCUGUUCCAAAACCAUUUGACUACAAUAGACAUGCAGUAGUUAUGGAACUUAUUAGUGGUUACCCUCUGUGCCAAGUGCAUCAAAUAGAAGAUCCUGCAUCUGUGUAUAGUGAGUUAAUGGAACUGAUUGUAAAACUUGCCAACCAUGGUUUGAUUCAUGGAGAUUUCAAUGAAUUCAAUCUCUUAUUGGACAGCGAGGACCAGGUUACCAUGAUUGAUUUCCCACAGAUGGUGUCAACAUCUCAUCCAAAUGCUGAAUGGUAUUUUGACAGAGAUGUUAAAUGCAUUAGAGACUUUUUUAAGAAGCGUUUCAGCUAUGAAAGUGAACUUUUCCCAACCUUCCAGGAUAUCAGGAGAGAGUGCUCUCUUGACGUAGAGAUUGCAGCCAGUGGCUACACAAAAGAAAUGCAGGAGGAUGAUGAACUGCUUUACCCAGCUGGUCCUGAUGAGGAGGAUUAUAAAACAGUUUUUACACCACUUGUAGACGAUGUUGAUGGGAAAGUAAAUUUGUAUACCACCGAAGAAAACAAAAUAAAUUUCACAGAUGAAUUGGAAGAUGACACUGAAAGCAAAUCCUCUAAAGUUUUGGUGAAUAGCAGUAAAGAAGUUGAUAUAGCUGACAGUAGUAAAAAGGCAGAAAGUUUAGAUAUGACUGAGUUCAGCCAUGCUCUAGAAAAAGUUGAAGGGCAAAUUAUUGCAGGGAAAGCCAGUAAUAAUGCAGAGAGUUCUGCAAUUGAUUUUUCUGAGGAUGAAAGGAGAACUGAAAAUACCACCAAAAUUGAAGAUCAUAUAGGUCAAGGAGAAGACCCUGCUGACAAAGAGUAUGAAGAUGAAUGCCCUGAUCUGGUUGACUUGUCAACAUUAAACAGAGAAUUCAGGCCUUUCAGAGACGAAGAAAGUAUGAUACACAUCAAUGAACACAGAAUGAGAACCUUAAGUACCACCUCCGCUGGCAGUUUUGGGAGCUGUUCAACAAUUCCUCAGGAACUGGUGAAACAGAAGAUAAAACGUCAACUGACUAAACAGCAGAAAGCUGCUCUGAGACGACGGUUACAGAAAGGAGAGGCAAAUGUUUAUACCAAACAGCGUCGUGAAAAUAUGUUCAAUAUUAAGUCAAGUUUGGAUGCUGCUAGUUUCUGGGGCUAAUGCAUUAUAACUUCCAACGCAGUAUCAGUAUUUUUAUCCAUGAUGCAUAGAUUAUAUACUUGCUUUUUUUGGAAAUUGGAAUGUUUAUAUCUAUAGUCAAUAAAUUUCAUUCUUGCUAUUGUAA